AACAAAUUGGGGUCCUUUCUUGCGAUAGGAUAGCUGUCGAAACGGUGUUAGAGUCACAUUGUUUUACACAACUGUGGUAAAAUAACAAAAAUAACACCAAUAUAUGUCGAUUAGAUUGUUUUUGGGAUGUUGAUAAAAUCGAAGCUUCCUUUGGUUUGGUCAUUUACGCCCUAACUCUCCCAGUAGUUUUGUUUUAUAACGUCGAAGGGUGUUUUUUUCGGUCGCCGUCAACACAGCACUAGCGUUAGCAAAGCAACCAAGCUAACGUUCUCAAACCCACGUAACGUAAAUUCAGAUAUUUAGCUAGCCAAACAAAAUAAGAGGGAGGCGUUGAUGAGCAGUAAUGUCUGGCAUCGCUCUUAGCAGACUGUCCCAGGAACGCAAAGCCUGGAGGAAAGACCAUCCGUUUGGUUUUGUUGCUGUGCCCACGAAGAAUCCUGAUGGGACCAUGAAUCUGAUGAACUGGGAGUGUGCCAUCCCUGGGAAGAAAGGAACCUUGUGGGAGGGAGGACUCUACAAACUCAGAAUGCUGUUCAAAGAUGACUACCCUUCCUCACCACCCAAAUGCAAGUUUGAGCCACCAAUAUUCCACCCAAAUGUCUACCCAUCUGGCACAGUGUGUCUGUCCAUCCUGGAGGAGGACAAAGACUGGAGGCCUGCCAUCACCAUCAAACAGAUCCUGUUGGGUAUCCAGGAGCUGCUGAAUGAGCCCAACAUUCAAGACCCAGCACAAGCAGAGGCGUACACAAUUUACUGUCAGAACAGGAUGGACUAUGAGAAGCGGGUAAGGGCACAGGCCAAGAAGUUUGCCCCCACAUAGAGAGGAGAGUUGGCCUCUUUACCCGCCUGAGCAGCCUGGACGGACUGCUGGAGGUUACAAACAGGAGGCAGGCAGCACCUGAUGGACCACUCCAAUAAGAAUCCAGUUUUGAGUAUUAUCCUAUCACACAGGUGACGAGAGGUUUUUUUUUUUUUUUUUUUUUUUUUUUUUAUAAUAAACAAAACGUUCAAUAAGAAAUAUUCAUGCAUUUUUAAUGCAUAGCUGGUGAUCCUAGAACUCUGCUGUCAACACAACCUUUGCUUUUUGUAACUCUUGUAUAAUUCAUAUCUCCAGUUUUGUCAUAAGUGCUGCUAAGCUCACUCAUGCCUCCCCAUUAAUUUUGUAAGUCAUAAUAAUUUAUCAACAGAGCCGUAGAGAUAAGAAGUCCAAACCACUCUGUGUGUAGUUCAGUCGGUUGUGGCAGAGGAGGAGAUUUAGUUUAGUCUUACACUUCCAGUUUUUUUUGUUUUUAUCAAACCCCAGAAGUAUUGUAGAUAGUGUUUCAUGACCGUGGCCAUGAACUGGGACAAAGCAGUCAGACACACAAGGGAAGUCAGUCCUUCCGUUGUCAUGUGUAUAAAAAUAAAUAAAUAAAUAAAUAAAAAGGUCAGGUUCUGCUUAUCCGUU